AUGCGGCACCAGCAAGCUACUGCCCUGCUCCUACCCCUUCUCUCGGGAAUAGUCUAUGCCUCUGAUUGCCAAUACGCGUGGAAUCCCGUCGACACCUUUACCCUAAUCUACACUUGUCAAGAUGGGGCUACGGAUAUCACCGCUAGAAUGGACAUGAACCUAUGUCUGAUUAACAGAGAUGGACAGCUCUAUGCACAGGACGUAAGAGAGAAGUGCGAGGCUAACGAUAGGCAAAGGGGCUAUGCCUUUAAAACCUGCGAUCCGCUCAAAUGCUCGGUCAGCGGAGACAAUAUCGACUGCGAUGACGCAGGCUGUGGUAGCAUCGCUAUUUCUGAUGCCGUUCAACUUGACGGUGCGAACAUGGUCUGCCCCGGUCACACCGCAACAGCGACAACUGAAGCUGUUUCUGCGACUCCAACAGGCGCUUAG